UCGUUGGCCGCCGGGUGUGAUGCUCGCUUCGCCUCCCGCCGCGCACGGGACCGCCAGUCGCGGAUCGGAGCGCAAGGGGCCCACCGGACGACCGCGAGCGAGCUGUCGACAUCGACGGGACCACGUGAGACAUCUCUGACGUGUCAGCCUGCGCGUGACCUGAUCGGCCAUCACCUCUGACCUCGGCUACCGUCGGCACAGCGGGUCACCAUGCCGACCUCUGACGUUCAGUCACCGGCCGUCACCUUCACCAUCAACGAUGAGCCGCAGAAAGUGCUACACCGUCUAUCCCCGGACGGCGCCUCGGGGGACGUAUCAGCCACCACCUCACUGGCCGACUACCUGCGCUUCACCCGCCGCCUGCCCGGCACAAAGACCAUGUGCCGCGAGGGCGGCUGCGGCGCCUGCGUGGUGUCGGUGAGGGUGCCCGACCCGACGACCGGCGUGAUGAAAACCAAGGCGGUCAACUCGUGCCUGGUGCCGCUGCACGUCUGUCAGGACUGGCAGGUGAAGACCGUGGAGGCGAUCGGUGACCGCAAGAACGGCUACCACCCCAUCCAGGUGCGACUGGCACAGCUGAACGGAACACAGUGCGGCUACUGCAGUCCAGGAAUGGUCAUGUCCAUGUACAGUCUGCUGGAGUCGCGGGACACGCUGACGAAGGAGGACGUCGAACAGGCCAUGGACGGCAACCUCUGCCGCUGCACCGGCUACCGGCCCAUCCUGGACGCCUUCAAAACGUUCGGAGCUGACGCCGAUCAAAAGACCAAGGAUAUGGUCAAAGAUAUCGAGGAGGCGGCCGGCUGCAAGUCUCAGUCGGGUGGCGCCUGUGGCGGCGGCGGGGGCGGCGGGCGGUGCGCCGGCUGUCCCCGCGCGCUGCCCAUGUCCUCUGGGGAGGCGCAGUGGGCGCUCCCUGAGAGCCUGGCCAAGCUGUACGCGGCCAUGGCAGCCGUGCCGCGCGGCAGGACACUGAGACUGGUGACAGGAAACACCGGCUCUGGCGUCUACAAGCAUGACGGACCAUUCGACUCGUACAUCUCAACACUCAAAGUGCCUGAGCUGCACGCUGUCUCUAAGACGGCCGAGGCGGCCACAUUCGGCGGCGCUGUAACCCUCUCGCGGCUGAUCGAGGAACUACAGCUUCUGGCGCCGACCGCCGGGUUCGCUCACUGUCGUCAGAUGGCCUCCCACCUUCUUUUGGUGGCUAACACGCCUGUUAGGAACAUGGGCAGCUGGGCCGGCAACCUGAUGAUCAAGCACGCGCACCGCGAGUUCCCGUCGGACGUGUUCCUUCUUUUGACAGCCGCCCGCGCCAAAAUUGUGGUCGCGGACGCACAGGGAGCUGCUGAGGAGAUGGAUGUAGAAACCCUCUUCAAGAUCGACAUGAACCGCAAGGUCAUCGUCUCCCUGAAGCUGCCGGCCCUCGACGACAACUACAUCUUCAAGACGUACAAGGUCACGCCCCGCGCCGUCAGCGCCCACGCCUAUGUGAACGCUGCUUUCCUGUUGCCGGUCAACAAGGACACGAUGACUAUCACGGAGAAACCCACCCUUCUGUUCGGUGGCAUCAGCAAGACGUUUGUGCACGCGUCUGCUACCGAGGAAUUCCUCACGGGUAAAAGUCUGCUGGACGCCGCCACGGUUAGCGGCGCACUGGCGGCGUUACAAGCAGAGGUGGUUCCUGACGCUGACCCAGAGCUGUCGGCGACCGAAUACCGCGCCAGUCUCACCACCAGCCUCCUCUACAAGGUGAUUCUGUACACGCUCGGUGACCGGCUGCCGGAGCACCUCCGCUCUGGGGGCGAGGACAUCACCCGACCGCCGGUGGUGGGCUCACAGAAGUUCGACACCGACAAGGACCUGUGGCCCGUCAACCAGCCGGUACCCAAGCUCGAGGCGCAGGCGCAGACCGCCGGCGAGGCGGAAUACAUCAACGAUCAGGAGGCACUAUCUGACGAGCUGCACGGCGCGUUCGUCAUCAGCACCGUGGCCAAGGCCAAGCUGAAGGGUGUGGACGCCUCGGCCGCUCUGGCGCUCGAUGGAGUGAGAGGGUUCUUCUCAGCCAAGGAUGUCGAUGGAACCAACAACAUCAAGGGUGACAAGAACCCGGAGGAGCUGUUUGUUUCGGACAAAGUCAAGUACUGCGGUCAGCCGAUCGGAGUGGUGGCCGAUAGUCCCGAGAUUGCCCGCCGGGCGGCAGCACUGGUCACAGUCCAGUACGAGGACGUACAGCGACCGAUUCUGACCAUCAAAGAGGCCAUCGCAGAUGGUCAGGAAAUCAAACCAGACACGAUGAUGCAUCUGGAGAUAAACACGGGAGAGAACGUGGACGAGGCGAUCGCCGCGGCGCCUCGCCAGCUGAGUGGUGAGUUCCAGAUCGGUGGUCAAUACCACUUCUACAUGGAGACGCAGACGGUGCGCGCUGUGCCGAGGGAGGACGACCAGCUGGACCUCUUCAGCGCCACCCAGGACAUCCGAGACACCCACCACACGGUGGCCAAGGUCCUCAAAAUGCCCGCACACAAGAUUAACGUCUCCGUUCGUCGACUGGGCGGUGCCUACGGUGGGAAGCUGGCUUACCCGACCACGGUCGCAGCGGGCGCGGCUCUGGCCGCCGUCAAACUCAACCGUCCCGUGCGCAUCGUGCUCGACGUGGAGGCCAACAUGGAGAUGUUCGGAGGACGACUGCCCUACCUGGUCGAGUAUAAGGCUGGUGUGGACGAGACGGGCAAGGUGCAGGGCCUGAAGAUGCGCUACUUGUGUGACGCCGGGUUCGCCUCGUCUGCCACCACCACCUUCUCAGCUGUGUCGAUGGCUCAGAAUGUGUACCAGGCGACCAACUGGACCGUGGUUCCGGGACACGUCAACACCGACCUGGCGGCCAACACCUGGUGCCGCAGCCCAGGCACCACCCAAGGUGUGGCUGGUAUUGAGAAUGUGAUGCAGAGGAUCGCUCACGAGCUGAAGCUGGACCCGUGGGAGGUCCGCAAGGCCAACUUCUUCAAGCCGGACACCAAGUUCGCACUCAGCGCAAGCGAUGAGGCGGACCAUGCCGUCUUCACCCAGAUGAUCGACGAAAUGUUCACUGAGGGACAGAUCCAGCAGCGAAAGGCCGACAUCGCCGCCUUCAACCAGGCGAACCGCUGGAAGAAGCGUGCCCUGUCUCUGGUGCCGCUCCGCUACCCGGUCCACCUGUGGGCCAAAUACCCGGCGCUGGUCUCCAUAUACGACCUGGAUGGCACGGUGGCCGUCUCCGUGGGAGGCAUAGAGAUGGGCCAGGGACUCAACACCAAGGUGGCGCAGGUGUGCGCCCACGAGCUGGGCGUCUCGCUGGACAUGGUGUCGGUCAAGCCGUCUGACAACCUCAUCAGCCCCAACGCCUCCCCCACCGGCGGCAGCAUCGGCAGCGAGAUGUCCUGCAUGGCGGUGCGGGACGCGUGUCAGGAGCUGAAGCUGCGUCUUAAGCCGUUCCAAGGCGAGGACAAAGCCUGGAUUCAGGUGGUGACCAGCGCCUCCGGAGCGGGAGUCAACCUCAGCGCCCACUCCGCCUCCCGCCGCCGCCCGGAGACCUACAACGUGUUCGGUCUGACGGCUGUGGAACUCGAGCUGGACGUGCUCACUGGGGAGAACUGCGUCCGACGCGUCGACCUCUAUGAGGAUGCCGGACAGUCACUGUCGCCCUGGGUCGACAUUGGACAGGCAGAGGGAGCGUUCGUCAUGGGACUGGGCCUGUUCAUGACCGAACGCCACCGCUUCCAUCCGGACACCGGGAAACGGCUCACCAACCGUACCUGGAACUACUACGUACCAACGUUGAAGGACAUCCCUCGUGACUUCAGAGUGAAAUUCUUGAAGAACAACAAGAACGACAUUGGCGUGUUCAACUCCAAAGCCACCGGCGAGCCGCCUCUGUGUAUGACCAGCGCGUGUCUGUUCGCACUGAGAGAGGCUGUGGCCAGCGCCAGGAACGACGCCGGAGACGCCGCCUGGUUCGACUUCGACGCCCCGGGCACAGUGGAGCGAGCACAGAUGGCUUGUGGCACCUCUCUCGAUAUGAUGGUGGUUGCCUGAAGAGAGCAUCCGAACAUACGCCUUCGGACGGGACCAGCCGCACACUGCUCCACACCGGUGACUUUUGGGGGAUCGACGACGACCUGAACUAUCUGACAAGACAGACCACGGCCAACGGGACCGAGUAGGUCCGCGACAGUGGCCAGUUUUCGGUCAGCGGUCAGCAGUGGGUGAUGUGUGUUUGCUCUUAUGACAACUGAUAAUAAUUGGUUUGAAAGGUGGAGUUCUUCCAUUUUUGUGCACUGUACUUUGGUUAGUUUCAGCAAUUGCAAUGGUUAGCUGUGUUGGCUUCAGACGAUUAUUUUGUUUCGGGAAAUGAAAUGCAAGUUAGGCAUGCUAGUAUGGAUGCCAUUAGAGGCUGUUGUGUACCGUGUUGAACUGCGAGUAUGGCGAACUGAAGGAUGACUAGCAGGCUGCUUGGUCUGAGCAGUCGUUAAUGUUGUGGACCAUUUUCUUGUUUGAAAAUUUGAGGUCCAGAUGACCGUCCAACACCGUGAAAAACGUCAGUUCCGAAAAAUACCAAAAUUCAUUGUGGAGAUGUUCUGUGAGAUAACAGCCAGUAAUAACAAGCAAUAUGUGCGGCACAAUAUGCUUAGUAGUGUUUUGGUGUGUAUUGAAGGUGAUAUAGUUCGUUUUUCUUAAGUUUGCCCCUCACUGUAAACGUCUUCUUGAACACAGCACGAGAAUUGCUAGCUGAAUUACUGAGAAAACUGGUUGGCGCACAAUGUAUUGGAGAUAUGAAUAAUAUUUUCAAAAUAAGUUUUGAGCACAGACGAUGUAACGUUAAUGUUAAACGCCGUGCAAUUUAUAAAAUAGUUCAGACAUAAUUCCUGAGAAGUCGUCUAUCACUGUGGAACUGUAGGUAUGGGCAACUACGAGCUAUGAGUCUGUGAAAUAGUAAACAAAUUUGAUGAAAUUGAUCGUCUGUGAAAUCUGGUGAAAUCAAUGUGCGCCAACCAGUUUUCUCAGUAAUUCAGCUAGCAAUUCUCGUGCUGUGUUCAAAACGACGUUUACAGUGAGGGGCAAACUUAAGAAAAACGAACUAUAGCACCGCAUGCAGCUCACAUUGAAACGGUUUGUUUCAUUUGAUAUGAUUACACCGGCGCGGUGGCGGACUUUGACCACAAUUUAUUAUUCUCGUGCGAUAGAAUGUUAACGGAAUUUCGGUGGAAAUGUUUAGAAAAACCAGGCCCUCCUGGAACUAUUGUUCCAAGGCAACUGUUUUGAACGUACAUCUUGAUACGGUUAGUGGGAGGUGCAGCUUGUCUUCUGUUUGGUGCGGGCUGACUAAAAUACAUGUAAUACGUGUUAA